GUUAUAAAAUGGCAAAUACAAACUGAUAAUGUGUCGUCACUAACAGCAAGCGGACUGAUAAUAUCAAUGAUAUCAAUAUUGGUACUGUAAGUGUAAACGCCAAAUUGCCAAGCCGCCUGCUUGAAUAUUGUGGUAGGAUCAGUAUAAAAGAUAAUGAGACGUGAAUAGUACGUUUCAGUAAAGAUGUUGCGCUUCGCAAUAACAGUCAGUGUGAUACUGACGGCAGCAGAGUGUUCCGUGGUCGUCACGACCACAGGCCCCGUGCGGGGGACGCUCGUGGAAGGAGAACAAGUUUCGUACUACGCCUACUUGGGAAUACCAUAUGCAGAAAGCCCAGAAGGAGAAUUACGUUUUAAGCCCCCCAUUCCCAAACAACCAUGGACUAAUGUGUUUAAUGCAACAGAGCAAGGCCCGGUGUGUCCGCAACCAGAAGGAAAGUACACAAGAGAUCAAAUGAGCGAAGAUUGUUUAUCCAUUAAUAUUAUGGUCCCGGUAAACAGAACGCAGGAAUCUUUACCUGUAUUCGUAUUCAUUCAUGGAGGAGGCUUUAAAAGUAACGCCGGAGAUAUUAAUAUAUUUUACGGACCAGAUUUUUACAUAAAAAGAGACGUUAUUUUGGCAACGAUUAAUUUCAGGUUGGGAGCAUUAGGAUAUCUAUCACUCGACACAGAAAAUGCAGCUGGAAACGCCGGUUUAAAAGACGCAUUAUUAGCUUUGAAAUGGAUUAAAGAUAAUAUACGGAGAUUUGGUGGAAGCACAAUAACUAUCGGAGGCCAGAGUUCAGGCUCAGCUAUGGUCCAUUACCUAUUGUUGACAGAAAAGUCCACGGGACUCUUUGACCGCGCUAUGUUAAGCAGUGGAAGCGCCACGAAUUUUAGAUUUUUAGCAAAAGAUCCAAAAGCGAAUGCUCUUGCUCUCGCUGAACAACUAGGAAUCUCAAAUCACAGUAAUAUUGAAGAUAUUUUAAAAAAUCUUACAAGCGCUGAUGCGUUCGAUAUAGUCGAUGCCCAAGAAAAUAUUUACAAAAAUAACCGUAACCCAAUGAGGCCAUUUGGUCCGUUUGUGCCGAACGUGGAAAAAGAAUCGGACCACGCUUUUAUCACAAAAAGUCCAUUAGAUAUAGUAAAAAUGGGAAUACCACAAAAUGUACCAAUAUAUGUAGGUAUGAAUGCACUUGAAGGAGCUUACAUGUGGCCUAGUCUUCACAAACUGUCAACCGACGACUUGAAGAGUAAAGUCCCUCUCUGUAUACCACCUGACAUAGAGUAUCCUGAGGACUCGGACGAGUACAAAGACUUGGUGGAUUCUAUGAGCGAGUUAUAUUUUGGCAGUAAAGACUUAUCCAACUGGACACUCACAAAACUUUUUAACCUAGUUACAGAUACCCAAUAUGCUCGCACUGUUGACUCCUGGAUAAGAAUCCAUAAAAAGAGGCAUGAUAGCGCACCCUUAUAUUACUACGUUUUUGAUUUCGAUGGGGAUUUAAAUUGGGGUAAACUAACCUACGGCAUAGAUUUUCCUGGCACUGUACAUGCAGAUGAUUUAGGGUACUUAUUCGUGACUAACAUCACUGCGCCAAUACUAAAAACUGCAGAUGCUAGAAGUUUAAGAACACUACAUAAUAUGGUGACAUUUUUAACGAAUUUCAUUAAGUACGGUAAUCCAUCCCCAAAAGGAUAUGGCGGGAAAGUAAUUUGGCCUGAGUCUGGAAAACAUGGACGUCACCUUGUGAUUGACGACUGUCCAAAAAGAGUGACGCAAGGACCUUUUAAAAAGAGGUUUGACUUCUGGGAAAAGGCCUACAAUAAGUAUAAUUCAUAUAUUAACAGGAACGAUGUCGACUUAUAACUUCAGGUAAAAUUUCAGUAAACAGCACCAGCUAAUUUGGAAACAAACACACUAAAUUAGAAUAAGUGAUUUGCUUCAGUUACCUGAUACUAUAGCAAUGUGUUAUAAUCGAUGAUAUGAGUGAAUAAAAAUAUGCAAUAUAAAAAGUAA